GGUCAAGGGAUCGAUUCCCGGGUGUAAAAUUUCUGUGUUGGAGGGUUUAACGAUUGAUGGAAGAACCGAGGAGGAGGAGAAUGCUCUCCUUUGGCGCUAGGGCGUGGAGGAAGCGCCGUCUCGUGGCUCGGCGGAUUCCUCCAGGUUCUUGGAGCUAAGCAAACGGAAAUAUUUCGCAAGAAGUCGAUCGCGGCAGCCCGAUGCGAGCGAUCGCGGGAUUCAUCUAGCGGCAAGUAGCGGGAUUUCGAUGCGAUUGGCAAGGAAGGGAUGGAUUAUCAGCUGUUUUGCGUCAGGAUCUCUGGCGGGGCAUUUGGUCUCGCGGUCAGCAGGGCGGAGAAGGUCUUGCGGGUUUUUGAGAGCUGCCUGUCGAUCUCCAGCUUGACGACGACGCACAAUAGCGCUACUGCCGCUUCUUCGUCCGUGGAAUUUAUGUUUGAGAGCAUCUCAAACGUUCUUCCAUCUACCAAGGAUGACAAGGAGCUGACAUUGAAUGUGCCGGAUGGAAGUGGGAGGGGGUAUGAAACGCUCCACAUUUACUGCGACUCUAGAUCCGAGCUCAUGACAACACUUUUAAAUCGGAUGGACGACUUGAAUGGAAUCGGCACGGAUUUCUCUUUAAAAAAACAUAGUCACGAAAGUGGAGGCUUGGUCGAGAGAGUGCUUCGUGUGCGCAGUGCUUCGAUCGUGAAAAUGCAAAGCAAUGGUUCUCGGCAUGAACGCCGGAGGGUAAACCCCGCGAAGAAAAUCAACUUCAAUGAUAUUGUGAAAGUUCAGACAAUGGCCGACGACGAUCAUAUCGUGCUUCUACACCUUCACUCUCGGAUGCUACGUCUGUCAAUAACAGAUGCUUCACCGUUUCUUCUUGCUUUAAGUCGAAAUAUGAAGUUCUACCUCAAUCGGGAGUUGGAUACUGAAAAGAUAACUACGAGUAAAAUGGUUGACAAUAUAGCAGCGUAUAUCAAACAAGUUAAGGCCUUACCUUUUCUGUACGAGUUCCAUGCCAUGAAGCAAUCUGAAUCCAAUGCCCAGGAACGAAAGCGAAGCUUGUAUAUUUCUAGAGAACACUUUGUUGAAAUGGCAGGAGAUGAAGUUGUCGCGUUCCACUGCUUGAAGGAUAUCAUCGGGCUUAUUGUAAACGACAAGAACGCAAACGAGAUCGUUGUGGAGUUUAAGUCGUCACGAUCAGCUCAAUAUUUCUUUGAGGAGAGAGAGAAUUUUAUUGCCAGUAUUGCUGAUGUAGCUGCCACUUCUAAAUCCUCGUUUAUUGACGUUCGUCCUGUACCAUUUUUUCGGCUCAUGUUCCCUCGCCAGUUUGAGUAUGAAGCAUUAUAUAUUAAUCGUUUUAUGUUGGAGUUCAAUGGCAAGCGGGACCCAGCUGUUUUACACAUUACUUUGAAAGAGUUUGCGAGCAAUGUGCAUGUUGGAAAGUCUCAAUGCACCGACUACAGGGUUGUUUGUGCUGUAGCAGAGUUGCUCAAGGACUGGAGCUCAUGUCAGGACUUCGUAAGAUCCACAACCUGUUGUAUUGUUAUUUCUCGUCUUCUAGGUUCGCGAAUCUGCUUUGACUCCUUGAAAAACAUGUCUAGUAUCAUUUUGGUCCUAAUGCAGUGUCUGCGCUCGGAGAACGCUGUACUUGUAUAUAACGCGUUUGUAGCUUUGAAAUUCGCUUUCAAAUAUUCUGGAGAUGUUUACGCUGAUCCAUCUGCAUUGAAGCAAGAACAAUUCAACAAGCUCAUUGUACUGAGUUUGGAAAAUAUGCAGCAGUUUGCUACUUGUCUGCAUACGUACUGUUUGAAAAGGGGACAUCUACUUCAGGCUUAUGCUACAGUGAAACUCUUAUCUGCUGGCCUGGAUAAUCUAGUGCUCGAGACUGAUACCUUACGAGCAUGGAUGAAGGCAUUUGAAUCCUCUAUUAUGGUGGUAGGGGAUGUACUGUGCGUAUUGUCCAGAUCGAAAAAAUCAGUUCUCCGCGAAAGUACGGCAACAUUGCUUGAGGCUCUUUUAGCGAAAACUUCGAGCGUUGUUUCAAGUCAUUUUCGGAGUUUGUUUCUCAAACGAUGUCUAGUCAUCGUGCACCUUUACGAUGCAUUUUUCUCAAGAACAGACUUGACUCAAUCACGAAGUGUAAGACUCCUUUUCCAUACAAUGGAAGGCAGUGAAGGAACAAACCAUCUUUUACGAUCUUUGCUGCCUAAGGGUGCUUUUCAGUUUUAUGACCUCACGGCCUCUAAGUUGUUAGAAACUGGAAAGGAUAAAUCUGCAAGCCACUUCUGUGCUUGGGUCAAACUUUUGGACGUUUUGAGGCGAGAUACUAUUGAAACCCCGUUGUUUAUUUGGAAUGACAUGAAAAGAACAGAGCUUAUGAAGUUUCUUGAGAAAGAAAUGCAAGGAUUCAAUGCUGCUGCAGCCACAAAUCACGUAGUUUCGUAUAACCAUUCUGAUAUAAGCUUUACUUAUUCGGCUGAAAGUGAAGGACAAGGCACGGUCGUAGAAGGCAUCCAUCUUGAACUUCUAGUUGAUCACUCUCCUCCUGCUGACGGUACUUAUGCACCAUUUUGGAAGGUUCAAAGUCCCUUGGCUUUAUUUCAAGCAGUAUUCCAAUCUCUGAUUCUGGGUUUUACACCCUUUUUCGGCCACAAUAAUACUCCUGAAGUUGAUCUCCGCUUAGCUGUGCAUGUCCUGACUAAACUCUACGCGCGAUAUGCACUAGAAGUAACCUUCUGCUUGCAAACAUCUAACGUUAUCGAGGCAUCUGUUGGAAUGCUUCAAGAAGUUAUGGAAACAGAGCAUCAAGUAUUUAUUUUCAAACUAAUGGUUUUCCAAUUGACCUUGAUGGAAAUUGGAGGCCGUCAAAAUGUUCUUCGUAUCCUUCGAGCUGGUGGAGCAACGGUUUUAGUGUCAUUACUAGUACUAUCACUUACUGAGUGUUGCAAAAGUAAGACUGAGUUCGAAUCAGAUGGCUGGUCUUCACAGAAAUCUAGCAUCCUUGAAACCGUUGAAGUUGUUGGUAUGAACGGUGAACUUAAAUUAGUGCGAGUCCCUUCGGGAAAAGUUCGAGAGGUUCUUGGUAAAGCUUUGCUAAAUGGAAGCUUAGAUGCGAAAGAGGCAAUCAAAUGGCAAGACUCGAUAGUACCAAGUAAGAUACAAUUUGGUAUGGUCUUGGAUGUGCUGGAAGCGAUCCUCAGGCUAUGCGGAAGCGACAACAGUGACAUUUUUCCACCGUCUGCUGCAUGCAUUGCGCUCUCACGAGAGGAUGUUAUGUGCCAUCUGGUUCAAAGCCUUCUUCGCGCAAAGACGCCCGCCUUUGGAAGGAUCUUGAACAUUUUGUCUCACUUGACAAAAACAAGCAAGUCUUGUAUGACGUCUAUCGAAGAGCUCGGAACGUACGAAAUAAUUCUUUGGAAGCUUCUAGCCGGUGAUAUUGUGGACGCGGAUAAGAAAAUGAUCAUCAGUUUCUUACGCCAGACACAUCUUCCGCAGGUGUCCGAUGUUUACCUCAACACCGACUGUUCUCCAUGUGAAAACAGUAGUCUUCGUUUUUAUUUACCUGAUGGAUUGAUCAUGAAGUUGAUAUCGGAGGAUGCAGAAGGUUUUUUCAUGCUACUCAACUCUGAGCAAAAUAAUCCUGAAGUCGUGUGGAAUGUGACUAUGGCGGAGGCACUUCUAAGUCAGUUGACAUGUCAUUUAGAGCCAUACGUAAGAAAUCGAGCGGCGGAUGCUAUGGCACUUUAUAUUCGUGUCCCUGUGACUGUAGUUUAUGAAGAGCUCGCUGAUGCAGUUUAUACUGAACCAUUUUACCUUCAUAACUUCCUAGAUACCGAAAGAUUUUCGAGUUAUCCAAUAAAUGAUCCGGUGAAAUUUCUGAACAAUUUGAUGAAACAUCUGAGACAACUUUCCGGCGACUUUCUGAAAUCAACGUCCAAUGGUAUGGCAAGCUCUUUCUGGAUGAAAGGGCUUUCCAAGUCACACCAACUUCUAAGCUCACUGGCGUAUUUACUAGAACGUUUUCCAAAGCUGGUGCCUCCAAGUGACAUCGAAGCAGUUGCUUUAACCUUGGCAACACCAGCUGUUCGUUAUCUUGCUGAAUUGGAGGGUGUUGACUUGCUGAUACCCGAAAUUAUGCUUCAAGCUACAAAGAUUCUCAGAGAAAUGUGUGCCAUAACUGUCAGGGAUACAGGGCCAUUAACAGGAGCUGUGGAUUUUGCACUGAACAUUAUUUCCUUGGGAGCCGAUGGAUCUAGUGUCGAUUACAGGGCUGAUACGUUGAACAAUGUUAUCACUGGGGCUUUGUCAAUGCUGGAAGUAACAUGUGGCUCAAGAGCUGGAAGGGAUCUCCUGCGAGAUGAUUCACGCUGGAACAGAGGACUCUGGUGGGCACUUUGUACAGCUAUCGGUGAUCCUAGAUCAUCCGUCGUACCAGCUGAAUUAAAUCGUAUUUCGUCUGCUGCCUUGAGCUGUCUCAGGCAUUUUGUUGAACAAGAGGAACUUCCCGAGUUCUUUAAAAAGGGUUUACACCUCCCUUUGAUACUCUUGACAUUUUUCUCAGUAAAUGAAGGUGGUAAUUCUGCUAUGACUUUAUUAGCAGUAGAUAUCAUGAGGUGUUUGGAUGGCAACGAGUUCAGCUCAUCACUCUUAAGACGUGUUAUUCCGGAGCCUUUGCUAGUGUCUCUUACUGCACAAGAGGGAAUCGAAAGACUUGCGGAAGUACGAGCAUCUCAUUUCGCUCUGCCAACUGCACUGUGGGACGAUAGAGUUCGUGGAGAACUCCGGGAACGUUUAUAUGAUCGCUUACACAACAGGAACGCUGAAGACGAUGAGCUUGAAUGGUUAAGACAGUUCAGCUACAAUUGUCUUCGCGGCGAGCUGGUCAUCGAUGGAUUUUAUAUCAAGGGGUUAAUCAGCUGCAAUACCGACAGUAUCAAGUUUCAGCUGCGGAGCUCAUUACUAAAUGCGCUGCUAGACUUCAUGCUGCGGCAUCGUAGUGUUGCCUUGGACGGUGUCAACAGAGAUACAGACAAGAUCAGCGUGACAGAGUAUUUAUCUGUUCUAUCGGCUUUCAAAGAAUGCAUACGGUAUGCUUUGAAGAAAAACAUGACAGAGAUGCUGACACAGUGUGACUAUUCUGGUUUAUCGUCACUUAUUUUUCAAGGCGUCCUUGACUAUCGAGUGCAAGUUGGAAUAUCUUCUGUCUGCAAGGUUUUAGUAGCCGGUGGAUUGCUGGAACUAGUCUUUCAAUCACAGCUCCUGGGGGCCUUGAGCUUACAGCUAUGGGAAGCAAGCGCAGACGUUUCUAAGGAAGGAAUGGACGAUGUUCUUCGGUCUACAUUGGAAGCUUUAUACGUCCUCAGCGAGCAGCUACCAGCAACAACUGCAGCCACAAACUAUUUCUCGUCGCAUGGAACAUUUUUACCACUUAUGGCCAUGUUCUGCGAUGUCAAUCUUCCUUGCUUGCGCGGCUCGGGAGCAUCAGCAAAGAACAUAAGAAGCUUUGGACACAGGUUGAUGGCUGCCAAAAUCUUGGGACAGCUUCUCUUGGCCGGGAAAGGUGUGACCAGGAGAGGAAAGCUGAUUAAAGAUUUGGAACAGCAGAAGACCAGUUCAGGUGAAGGGAUCGGUCAAGCGACGGACAUGUACGAACUUUUUAGCAUAGUGGAGAACUGUUCUGAGGACGACCCGGUACCCAUCAGAUCACUUCUGCUCCUACUUCCACUCGAGAUCCUCUCUGCUCUUGCUCGAGAGCCAACUGAAGCAUGCAAGAUUUACGAUGGUUGCGUCUUGAGCGUAAAGCUCGUCUGGGAUGAAUCAAGACGGCACCAGGUGAAGACGAUUAUAAUGAAAGAAGCAGCUCGAGUACGUACUGUCUAUACGAAUGCUGGCGGACUUUCAGCCUGGUCUGUUGAUGCGAAGCGGCCAGUGUUCUUGCGCUGGAUAUUGGCGGUAAAUAUUGAAGGCGACGAGAGGCCACUAUUCAGGCAUGACUUUGCUGAAGGUUAUGCCCAGGAACUGUAUCUUGGCGGCUAUUACGUCGAUCAGUUCCUUCGCGGCUACAAGCACUCCUUAGAUCCCCUCUCACAAGAGCGGCUUUUACACGAACUCCGGAAGGCUUUGGUGGUUGGCUCGUCAACAGAUGGUCUCUAUGCGGAAGCGUUUACUUUCGAUGAUCGCCGGCGCGUUCUUCUUGCAUUACUUAUUCUUGUGAGACUUCACCCUCACCUUCUAUCCAGCCGAUCAAACAUCGACAUAUUUCUUCCGCUAUACGAGCUAAUGAGCAACGAUUUGGGGGACGAGCGAAGAGCUCUUGCGCAGCCAGCAAUGCUUUUGCUUCAUUGCACGGCAACUCAUCCGGAUAUUGCAGACUGCAUCAUCUCCGAGGAGCUUUUAUAUACGUUGGCUUCGUUUCUCUCGCUAAAAGUUCCUCCUCCGUACGCCGGUGAUACUGGAACAGAUCCCCGGCUGUGCAGCCUGAGUUUGCUAUUGAGGUUGAUGCGCUUGAGCAGCAUCACCGUGGAGAUAGUCAUGAGAAUGGGAGUGAUCUCUAAGAUUGAAGACUUGCUCUUGGACUUCCAAGGCUCGGAACCAGUCAAGAAGAAGGCUGCGGAGUGCUUGGCCAUGAUGUGUGCGGACAAACGGAAGGGCGGCGAAGUUCGCUCCAGGCUUGACAAGCUUAUACCUUCUAAAGUGAAAGGCUAUGGUGCUUGGAAGCUACACGUGAACAGGAUCCAAGACAACAUAGUUGAGAUGGCUUCACUCGACUAUUUCUUACAGCAUCGUCAGCCUUCACCUUGGUGGACGUCAGACACUCCGGAAGGCACAGAUCAGAGUUUUGAGGAAGCUGGGGCCGUUGCUGUGAUUGAGGGAAGCUUAUGCUUUACCAGAGCCAGAAUGUCGGACUUCAACAACGAGGCCGAGAUCGUCUUCAUUCGAAGCAUCGCGUCCACGGCUUGCGUCGAGCUGAGUGCCGUUCGGAUAGUCAGAAAGCGGUUAGGCAGUGUCACUGUCGACUUUGAGGUGACUUUCCGGAAGCAGUCGCAGGAACGAGCCGAGAUCAGUGCAAACUCUUUCAAGGAGAUGCUUCAAGUAGCUGGCAACGAUUUCUUCGCGAACACGCUGCUGGAGUCAAUGGGGCCGUCGAAAGUAACGUCGAUAUCACUGAAGCCUGUGGAUCUCUACAGGCAGAAAAGCUGGCAGAAUGGAUCGGCCCCGUCUGUUGGUGACAAGAACGUCAUUUAUGUGGCCAAGGAACAAAAGCCGGACGCAUCGUCGGCUGCACAACCGGCAUCUCUUCCAAGUUCGCCUCAAAGUUCGUCACCUUCUGCUCUGUCGCCAUCAGUUUCAUUCUCCAAGUUUUUAGUACCUUCUGCUUUGCCGCCGUCGUCACCGUCUCCAAAGGUGGAGAAAGUCUUGGUUUCACAACCGGUGACAACUGCAAGUGCAUUGUCGAAGUCGAUCAUCCAGGUAGCAGUUCCUCCUCCGCCGCCGCCACCACCACCGCCACCGCCACCGCCACCGCCGAUGUCACUGCCACCACAAAAGCCUUCUAUUCCACUAGCAGCUGUGAACAAAACGAGAACAAAUAACGAGGAGCACUGUAAUGUCAAGUCGGGAAACGGAGUUAAUGGCCAUGGUGCUCACAAUGGCAACGGUCAUUCGACUAUGCUAAGCGGUAAUGGUCAUUCAACCAUGGCAAAUGGCAAUGGUCACUCAAGCAUCGGAAACGGGAAAAACCAUGCUAUCACGGAUGGACCAGUUGUACCAGUUGAGGACGUGUUGCUAGCAAUGCCAGAAGCGCUGCCAAGUACGAGAAAUAUUAUGAUCAUGUCGGAAGAAGGAAGGCUGGUGUCCCUUGACGAAGGUCUUGAGCUGGUGCUUGAAGGCGCCGAAAUUAGCAAGGAAAACAGACGGGUGGCCAAGACAAAUUUUCUUGAUGCGUUCGAAGACGAUAUGGAGGAGCUCGGAAAAAUUCUUGAGAAAUAUGCUAAGCUUGUACAAAAGUUCCCAUUACAGCCACAGGUUUGCUAUGAUCUAGUGGCUGCUUGGGAGGAGCAUUGCCUUGAUCUUAUGACCACGGACGAGCUGGCUAGAUAUGGCCGUUCCAUCGCUUCAUAUGACAUCUGCCGCACCGAUAAUCCUGAGGUCGCAAUACAAGAAGCAAAGCGAAAGUUCCAAGGCCUCCUGAAACUUCGAAGAGAGCAAGAAUGGAAGGAAAAAUCAAAGCAGUUGAAAGGAGACAUGUCGGCGGAGCUAGCGAGGGCUGUUGGCGAGCGCAAGGAGAGACUGAGCGCAGACGUUGCAAAAGAUGAACUCAAGGCAAUGUCGAAGGGCAAAAUCCAGAGGAAGAAGAAGCAAAGUUGACAUCGGAACUAGAAUGAGGAACAUGGUAACAAGACAAGGUCCCAUUUUAAUGGAGGAAGGCGAUGUUUUACUCUAAUCACAGACACACAGAAUUAUCACAUAAGCCAUCAGAGAGGCAUUUGCCUUGUCGCUCCAAGCCAAGAUGAUGGAAAAGAGCUUCAGACCCCGCCACUUUGUUUUUCAAGGCAUAGUUCCGCCUCAAGAUUGUUUGAGCAAUGUUUGAAGUUUUGGUACCUCGAGAAGGCUUUUCUACUUCCUUGGCUUGAUGCGACAAUUUGGCAAACGCAUUGGUCACGAUCAACAAGGGAGGUUAAGUACGACGCUGUGAAAGAAAGUGGAAUUACAAUUUUUAUAUACUGGAGAUUCGCAAACA